AUGAACGACAGUCUCGCAGCAUUAGAAGCCUCCUCACGGCGGCUGGCGUCUGUCGACUUUACAGCACCCCGGCUCUACUCUUCAUUACUCCUCGAGAACCAAGCGGUGCCCAUCAGAAACGCAAAGUCCUUUGAACAGAACUUGUUCUCCCCCAAUCGUAUCGAGGCCCUGCGGAUUAUGAUGACGAAGGAGGGCGCGGAUGAGUUUGAGACGACACUUGAACUCGCGACGGCGCUCAACGAGAUUUGUCAAAACAAGGCGGUUCAGGCGCGUCUGGAUGAAGUUGCGGAUGCACAUGAGGAUGUCCUGGCAUCGAUCAACCAACUGAGCGCGACACUUGCAGAGCUUCAGGAAGCAAACUCAUCAGAGGAGAUUCAGGAAGCACCGCGACAGGAAGGAGACGAGAUCAUGACCGAUAUUAUGCGGGAGGAAGGAGAGAUCUUUGCAUUGGAGCAGUUGUUGAGUGAGAAACGUCAAUUGCUAAACAGCAUGCAGCGAGAGCUGGACGGACUGACGGACAUUCCUAAUGCGGAGUUUAUGGAUCAGGAUGACCAGGAUGAGCACGGUGAAGCAAAUGAUGAGACUUUGGAAGUGGAAGCUGAGGCUGCAUCCAAGAAGCUGGAGAUCGAGUACCUGGAGAACGAAAUUCAGGAACAGAAGCAGCGCGAACAAGAGCAGAUUGCGCUGUACGAGAGGCUGAUGCGGGAGAGCGACGAACUGUCCUCAUCACAGCAGGGCGACGCAGGAGAGUCAGAGGAAGAGCAAACGAGUCCAAUUUUUGAAGAGAUUAUGCACCUCUGGGAGAAGGCCAGUCAACAGGACGGCGAUGCAAAACUGGAUGUGGAGGGAAUCAAGGAGGCCUACCAUAGGCUGGUCAGGCUCCUCGAUGGAGUGGCUCGAUGCCAGCGUCACAUCGUCAACAUGGACAUUCUUCAACAAAUCAGCUCGAAUAUUAUUGACGGCUGUGCAGAUCCAUCGACAUCAGAGGAUGACCUGCCAAGCACAAUCUCGGUCAUCCUUGCAGCAAGGACGCUGCAAGUGAUUAGGGAAUCGGGAGGUUCUAUUCCAUUACAGGAUUUGAAAGAUCAUAUCAGUAAGGAGGCUGCUGAGAGAGGCAGCGCAGAAGGUUUGGGCGUCCAGGCUGUGUACAGUCUUGUGGCAUCGCACUUGAUUCAAAUCGACAGGAGUCAAAAGUCCAACAUGGUUUCUCUUGCAUGA